AGCCCGCACCCUGCCGCCGUUGCCGCCGCCGCCGCCUCCGUUGCCUCUGCCCGGUUGUGCCUCAGACUGUCAGAUAAAGCGGCGGACUGAGCCGGCGGGGCUUCGAGCACGGCCCGGGCCGGACAUGGCGGCGCUCUACGCCUGCACCAAGUGCCACCAGCGCUUUCCCUUCGAGGCGCUGUCUCAGGGGCAGCAGCUGUGCAAGGAAUGCCGGAUUGCACACCCUGUUGUGAAGUGCACCUACUGUAGGACUGAGUACCAGCAGGAGAGUAAAACCAGUACAAUAUGCAAGAAAUGUGCUCAGAACGUGCAGUUGUAUGGAACGCCCAAACCGUGUCAGUAUUGCAAUAUAAUUGCAGCAUUUAUUGGCAACAAAUGCCAGCGCUGCACAAAUUCAGAGAAGAAGUAUGGACCGCCAUAUUCUUGUGAACAGUGCAAGCAGCAGUGUGCAUUUGACAGGAAAGAUGACAGAAAGAAGGUAGAUGGGAAGUUGCUUUGCUGGCUGUGCACACUCUCAUACAAACGGGUCCUUCAGAAGACCAAAGAGCAGAGGAAGCACCUGAGCAGCUCUUCCCGCGCCAGCCACCAGGAGAAGGAGCAGUACAGUCGACUGAGUAGUGGCAGCCAUUAUAACAGCCAGAAAACACUUUCUACGUCUUCAAUUCAAAAUGAAAUCCCAAAGAAAAAGUCCAAGUUUGAGUCAAUCACAACCAAUGGAGACAGCUUUUCCCCAGACCUGGCUCUGGACUCACCAGGCACUGACCACUUUGUCAUCAUUGCCCAACUGAAGGAAGAAGUGGCCACUCUAAAGAAGAUGCUGCAUCAAAAAGAUCAAAUGAUUUUAGAGAAGGAGAAGAAGAUCACAGAGUUGAAGGCUGAUUUUCAAUACCAAGAAUCUCAGAUGAGAGCCAAAAUGAACCAAAUGGAGAAAACCCACAAAGAAGUCACAGAACAAUUGCAGGCCAAAAACAGAGAGCUUCUGAAACAAGCAGCUGCCUUGUCCAAGAGCAAGAAGUUGGAGAAGUCAGGAGCUAUAACCUCUCCGUGAGAGACCACAAGGAGGUUCGCCAGCAACAGCAAAUGGAUUCCUGGGUUAGGGUUGGCGAGUUGGGAACUGCAAGUUUUCUUAAGAAAUCUCUAUUUUAUUACAGUUAACCUUUGUGUGAUUGCAGUGGGCUGAAUGGAAACACCUGUUUUUCACUGUGUUAUGACUGCAUGCUUGAAUGUUUGGAGUUUCAGGCUCUUUUUCUCUCACUCUCACUCUCACUCUCCCAAUCCUCUCUCCUCCCUUUCCCCCACCUUCUCACAGUACUACUAGCUCUGUCUCUCUCUGUACUGCUUUUUUCUUCUUCUUUUUUAUGGUGGUUACUGCUCAGUGUUAUGUGCAGAAUGAUUUUUUUGUCCAUUGUUGAAUCCUGCAAUACCCAUGAACAAAUAGUUUGGCAUUAAUUUCCUAUCACUGCCACCCUCUGAACUUUGAAAACUGCCACCUUAAGACUUGGUAUAAUGGACAAAGCUUUCUCUCUCCAAUAAACCUUUUGCUUCAGGGUAUACCCUUGGGUUUAUUUCCAGGUAUAUUACGUAUGAACUUUGUACUAUGUAUAGCCAGAAUUUUAUUUAUUUAAAAAAAAAAGAAUUUUUCUUGGCAAAGGAAUAAUGGUAGCCUAGCUUGUUCUUCUUGUAAAAGUGAUGCCUCUUUUUUAAAAAAAUCCUACUCUAGCUUUUAGUAAAAGAAUCAAAUCUUUUCUUUCUUGUUAUCUUGGAGUCUUAAAAACUGAUUGUUAAGGUGAAACAAUUCAGUGCAUAAGUAUGGAGUUAAGUGCCUUUUGGAGGAUUUCUUGGAAGAGCAUUUAAGAAGAUACUUAGGGUGGUAGCAGAGAUUUGAAUGGUCUGUCUUUGUAAGUAAGGGCAGAAAGAAAGGUUGUCCAGGUUGUACUGGACACUUCCCUCCCCCACCCCUUUCCUGAUUGUUUUUAUGUGACUGUUUUAAAUUCUCACACUGCCACUUCUUUUAACAAAAAACCAAAAACCCUUACUUGCUUAGAUCAGUUGUCAUACUUGGCCAUUGUCAGAGAAGAUUUUUUUUACAUGAGCAGAUUCAAAAUGGGAUAAUAUUUAAACUACAGAGCUUUUGGGGGUCAGUACAGCUGCUCAAGUAUGAACUCUGAGUCUGGUUGAAAGAAAUGAUAUCACUGUAACUUCUCCCCUCCUCACCUUCUCCAGCCUGUAUACUCCCUGUUUUUAACAUAAAUGCAUUGAAAACAGGUGCUGUUCUCAGAAGCAGCUUGGUCUUAGCCAGAAUUGUUCAUGUCUAUUCUCUCUUCUUGACCCAAUAAGCAGGCACAUGGUUUUACUUUUCUAGGAGAGGGGAUAAGUUUGCAUUUCUAGCCUUACUCUCAGGUCCUCUAUAUGAUGUUUGUGAAAGAAAUUAGAGACAUGUAGUGUGCCAUGAUACAGUAUAACCAACUAUCUUGGAAUCAUUAACGCAGGGGGGUACUUGAGUUAGAGGAAAUCAUGAGGGCAGAGGACAUUUGUACCUCAGGCUACCAAUAUUGUAGCAGGAAGUUUAACUUACUAGGCAUUUCCUAGAAGCGAACACUUACCAGUGUGAUAGCAUUCUCACAAGUGGACCCAGGCAUGUAAGGGGCAGAUGUGGGAAUGGGAGGCUUCCUUCUGAUGAGAGAAACAAUAGGCCAUGCUGUUUCUAUGUCACUCUAGGAAGGGUGGUAAUGUUUCCUUCCAAGCAAGGGAAAAGGCAGUGCUAAAUAGUUUUAUAACUUUUUGAAUGAGAAACUUUUAGGUAAAGACAAACUGUCAGAUAAUAUUUUUCAAAUGCACAUAUGUUGACUGUGGGGAAAAGAUUGUAAAAAAAAAGUUACAGUCAUGGUUUUUGUUUAAUUUUAAAGACUUGAGAAAUUCUGUUACAUGAAGUGACAAUAUAAAAGCAUAUUUUAUACUAAAUCUUUUUUUAAGAUCUUGGCACUUAUAUAAAGCAAAUUCACGCAUUUUCUAACUUUCUACAAGUUCUAAAAAGGGAAGGAAGAAACCUCAGUCUUGCAAUUUUGGUUUUUAAAAAUCAUGACACUGUUUUACCAUGAAAUUGAGUAGCUAACUUUUGGUAACAUCUUUUGUUUAUUUGUAUGUUUGUGAUAAUGGACAUUUUAAAACAGGAAUGUUUUGGUUUGUACAGACUUUGACAAAUGUGCGUUAAUAAAAAUUCAUAUUGAGUCAAGUAUAA